GGUAUGGAAAGUCAUACUACGGGAGCGAUGUUGAGCUGAACAGCGUACCGAGGGAGUAGCGGACGUGACGUCUCCUCGCCCCUCUCCUCUCCAUUGAAAGUAAAUGCACAAAGUGUUUGUGGCCAUUUUCUUGGCCGGGUUUUUUUUCUUCUGUGCUACUCACGAGCGUUAUAUUGCGCUACGUUACACAUAGCUUGCGGAUCAGGUAGGGUAGCAAUGUCACGCUUAUCUCCAGCACGUCGCGAAGAGCUCCCGAAUGAACAGCAAAAGGCCUACGACGAACUCGACGAUCUAGCUACUAAAGGCUUUGGCGACGCAUUCAUAUACAAGCAGCCGGAUGGAGCUUUCGUCGGACCCUUCCCAUUCUUGAUUGCCGCGCCCGAAGCGGGCAUUCAGAUGCUCGAGACCGUAGGCAAGGUCGCCGGUAUUCCAGGCCUGCCUCAAAAUGCUCGAGAGACGGCCAUCUUGGCUACAGGCGCUCAUUACAAGGCAGCAUACGAAUUGUAUGCUCACUCGAAUGUGGCUACGAAAUCUACGGACUUAAAUGUCCAGCAGGUUUGGCAGAUCUGUGACGGGAAGAAGCCUGCAAAUCUGGACGAGAAGUGCGAAAUUGCUUAUGAUGUCGCGACAUAUCUAUCAAGCACGCCGGGACCUCUACCGCAGACACUGUGGAAGCGAGCUGUCCGCGCACUAGGCAAGGACGGUACGAUCGCCCUGGUUCACUACGUGGGAUUGUACGCAUAUACCUGUAUUAUUCUCAACGCUGUCGAUGCACCGGUGCCCGAAGGGAGCAACUAAGACUCUUGCACGACGCUUCUACGCAUCCCAAACAUUACGGAAUCCGCCCGAAAUCUCUGCCACCAUUCCACCGCCGUUGAGACGUGAUACAUAGUUCGGACGCCUUUACGCUUGCUGAGUUGCCUUCGGUCGUGGAGACAUCAUGAAACGCCCAACCGCUCUCGUCUCGAUCGGAACGUCAUACGCAACCAAGACGCCUACGAAUCUUGCUGGAUCGAUGUCGGCCUUGGGAUUCUUUGUGACCCAGCGUGUCCCUCCACUUGCUGUGGGAAGUAGUACGCAGGCUGAACCCCUACAAGGCUGUAUAAACUAACCUUGAUCUUGGACUUCAUACGAAGCUAGUGUGACAGGUCUCCACGCCGUCGAAAUUUGAUACGCACUUCACGUGCCCA